ACAGGGAAUACGCUUGAAGGACUGGAAAAACAGGCUGGGGGAAACGUGGCCGGGACCAAAAAGGCCGGGAGCUUCGAGGAACCUUAAGAAGCCAGCCAGACAGCCCUGGAGGUAGGACCAGGAGCCCAACCCUCACGCCCGCGUGUGCAGCUUGGACUACGCUCCUCGCCCGGGGAGCCCCGGUUCCGAGUCUUAGCGCGAGACCAGAGGCGGAUCCGUCCCGCUCCCUGGAAUGGAAGCUCCGUGAGGAUGGGCAUCGCUGCCUGGGACAGCGCCUGGCCCGGUGCCGGGGCUGCACCUCAGUCAAGGUUUAUAUCUGAUUUUGUUGGAAGCUGAUCUCCCUGCAAAGCACGUUUUGUCUCUUCCUUUGUUGGGGACAGGCGAAGGAAGCUCCCAGAAACAGGAACGAGAAAGCCCAGUCCCAAGCCUGGGCAGGAAGCCAUGAAGCUGAGCGAAAGGAACCUGGCGGAUGACAAAGACGGUGACUUGGAGAAAAAGAAAUCGGGCUGGACCAGCUCGCUCAUUGUGGCCUCGCUCGCGGGCGCCUUCGGCUCCUCCUUCCUCUACGGGUACAACCUCUCCGUGGUGAAUGCCCCGACUGCGUACAUCAAGGCCUUUUACAACGAGACGUGGGAAAGAAGGUACGGACAGCCGAUACACCCGGACACUUUGACUCUGCUCUGGUCGGUGACCGUGUCCAUAUUCGCCAUCGGCGGACUCGCGGGGACGCUAAUGGUGAAGCUGAUCGGAAAGUUUCUUGGGAGGAAGCACACUCUACUGGCCAACAAUGUCUUUGCGAUUUCCGCCGCAUUGCUGAUGGCCUGUGCUCUCCCGGCGGGAGCCUUUGAAAUGCUCAUCGUGGGCCGCUUCAUCAUGGGCAUAGAUGGAGGCGUCGCCCUCAGCGUGCUCCCCAUGUACCUGGGCGAGAUCUCGCCCAAGGAGAUCCGCGGCUCUCUGGGGCAGGUGACCGCCAUCUUCAUCUGCAUUGGCGUGUUCACCGGACAGCUGCUGGGCCUGCCUGAGCUGCUGGGCAAGGAGAGCACCUGGCCAUACCUGUUUGCAGUGAUUGUCAUCCCCGCCAUGGUCCAGCUGGUGAGCCUGCCCUUUCUCCCCGAGAGCCCACGCUACCUGCUGUUUGAGAAGCAUGACCAGGUGGGCGCGGAGAAAGCCCUCCAGAGGUUCCUGGGCAAGGAGGACGUGUCCCGAGAGCUGGAGGAGGCCCUGGCGGAGGGCCGCACGCAGAGGGGCAUCCGCCUGGUGUCCGUGUGGGAGCUGCUAAGGAGCCCCUUCGUCCGCUGGCAGGUCCUCACGGUGGUGGUCACCAUGGCCUGCUACCAGCUCUGCGGCCUCAACGCGAUUUGGUUCUACACCAACAGCAUCUUCGGAAAAGCUGGGAUUCCUCCGGGAAACAUCCCCUACAUCACCCUGAGCACGGGCGGCAUUGAGACCCUGGCCGCCAUCUUCUCCGGCUUGGUCAUCGAGCGCCUGGGGCGGAGACCUCUCCUCAUCGGCGGCUUUGGGCUGAUGACCCUCUUCUUCGGGAUCCUCACGGCCACGCUGACGCUGCAGGACCGGGCUUCCUGGAUCCCCUACCUGAGCAUCUUCUGCAUCCUGGCCAUCAUUGCCUCCUUCUGCAGUGGCCCAGGCGGCAUCCCCUUCAUCCUGACGGGCGAGCUCUUCCAGCAGGCGCAGCGGCCGGCGGCCUUCAUCGUGGCGGGCACCGUCAACUGGCUCUCCAACUUCGCCGUGGGGCUGCUCUUCCCGUUCAUCCAGAAGGGUCUGGGCACCUACUGUUUCCUGGUCUUCGCCGCGAUCUGCUCCGCAGGGGCUCUGUAUUUAUAUUUCGUCCUGCCUGAGACCAAAAACAGGACCCACGCGGAGAUCACCCAGGCGUUUGCCCGAAGGAACAAGGUGCACGCCCCGGAGGAGAAAGUCGACGCAGCCGUCACGGGCGACGAGCCCAGCGGAAGGCCUGACGCGGGCCCCUCCUCCACGCUGGACAAGUAUGCCAAAAACGGGAUCGUCUGAGUGGACGGCCUCAGCACCUCGGAGGACCAAAGACUCCCCCCCACAUGUUUAACAUUAUGAAUUAUUUAAAAAUAAACUAGUCUUUGCUCAUCUCACCUUGCCACCCUUGGGGCUUUAUUCAUGGCUGACUCCCCCAAACUCUUCUGGAAGCCGGAGGGAGUCACCCCGCACUGUCCCAUGCGGGCCCACGGCCUGUCUCCUCCGUGUGUCGGCGCGUGGCAGCAGCAUGAACCUGGGGCACCGGCGCGCGAACGCCCACUCAGAGGAGACCAGCCCGCUCCGCCGACCCAGGGCUGGGCGGACUGAAAACCGCCGACUGCGGGCCGCGUCCCAGCUCUGCCUCUGGACCCUGGACCCGCAGCGAGCCGCUGGCGUUGGUCCUGGGUGAGGGUCUUCAGAACUCAGUUGGAAGACUCUUCACACGUUCUGAAACACGCCCGUUUCCCAUCGUUGGCUCGGCCUUGUGGGGCUUGGGCUCGGGAGAGCCUGCGACCAACCCACCCCCCUCUAGGCUGAGCCUGUGUUAGGCUGUAUCCCACAGGGCUCCAGACCCCCAGCCCCGAACCGUCUUCCCCUCAGAGGAUCAAGACGUCACAGAGAACACAAGGACGGUCACCAUGUGGACGGCCUGGAGAGGCCCACGUUAGACGCACCUUCCUACUAGGUGGGGCAGGCGCUACCAGUUGAAGUCUUCUCAGACGGGAAAGAACAACGUCAGGAAAGGUUCUGAAGCUAAACCCCGGGGCGGUGGGGAAGAGCGCUGUGAUUGGCCGGUGACAUCUGCCACGUGCAGGCUUGCUGCGUGCUACCCCCCUAAGAGCUCCCUCUGGAUGACAGCGUGUCAGCCGGGGCUCUGCAGAGGGACAGACACACACACACCCAGGCACGGCUCCAAGACCCCGCGGGCUCAGCCCCGGGCCGGGGCGAUAAAGCCAGCAUCGCCGUAAAGCGAGUCACACAGGUUCUUAGGGCUGCCCAGUGCACGUAGGAGUUCUUUUCACUCCACACUACAGACUGUUAAGUGCGCAACAGCAUCGUAUGCAAACUGUGUACAUCCCUUAAUUUAAAGUGCAAGGCCCUGCAGAAGCAAGGCCUGCUGGAGUGUGGUGGGUAGGGUAAUGAUACGGGUGUAAUAACUUACAGUUUUGAUUUGAACAUUUCACCUAAAGUGUCUAGGGUGUGCUUGAGCGUGAUUUGUUGUGUCACAGAAUUACAUGGUUAUGAUUUUCUAAUAAAAGGUUUUGUCAUGAAAA